AUGGCGUACGAGGUCACGCCAGGAUACUCUGGUGCAAUUGUCACCAAGCCCACAGUCACGCGCCGGUCCGGCCGCAUCCUCAAGGGCUGCAUUGGCGCACAGACCUCCCAGGGCGACUUCCAGGCAACUUCUCACCAGGAGGGCCAGCGCGGUGGUCUCACCUGGGUCCAGGGCAACAUCAACCUCUGCCAGAAGCAGAUUGCUGAUGGUGCUCCACUUUCUCGUUGCAACGGCGGCGGUAACUUCAUCUAG